AUGAAACAAUUCAGCCUGAUCUUAUGCGUCGUGUUUCAUUUCGCUUUUGCGAAACACGAAUUAUAUGAUGGCCACGGUCUUUACCAAGUCAACGUGGAAUUCGUCGAGCAAACCCAACUUCUUGAAGAGAUUCAGACCAGAUACAACCUGGAUGUCUGGGUUUACGCCUACCCUGGUAAACCGGGACAGAUCCUCGUUCCAGGUCACCUGAAGGAACAAUUCCAAGAAGAGCUUGCUGCUGCGGGAAUUACUUAUUCUUUGGAAGUGGAGAACAUUAAAGAGAAAUUAGACUUAGAAGAUUCAUUGUUAGAAGUUGCUGCUGCUCGUAGCAAUAGAUCCAGAUCUCUCCCCGGACUGUCCUUCGACGUUAUCCACAGAUACGCAGUGGUCGACCGGUAUCUUGUGGACUUGGCCAACACCUAUCCCAAUGUUCGCGUCUUCUCAGCGGGCAGGAGUGUUGAAGGCAGAGAUAUUAAGUACAUUACGAUUUCCACGACCAAUUUUCAGGACACCAGAAAACCGGUAGUGAUGCUCCAGUCUCUUCUGCACGCCAGAGAAUGGGUAACACUUCCAGCAACGCUCUAUGCUAUCGAGAAGUUGGUUAUCGACGUCACUGAAAGGGAUCUAGUUAACGAUAUCGACUGGAUCAUCUUGCCAAUCGCCAACCCUGAUGGAUACGAACAUUCUCAUACUAGUGCACGCUUCUGGCGCAAAAACCGCGCCCGCAACUCCUUUUGCAUGGGGGUCGAUUUAAAUCGUAACUUUGACAUAUUCUGGGGAACCGCGUCCAGCACGAACCCCUGCUCUGACACCUUCCACGGGCGCCGUGCUUUCUCCGAACCCGAGUCCGCCAUCGUCCGUGACAUUCUGCAUGCGCACAGGAACAGAUUGGAGUUGUAUAUUGACAUCCACAGUUUCGGCAGCAUGGUCUUAUAUGGUUACGGCAACAGGCAGCUUCCUCCUAAUGCGUUGGCCGUCAAUUAUCUCGGAGUACAAAUGGCCCAGGCUAUCGAUGCUGUGAAAUGGCCUCAGAAUAGAAACUACAUUGUCGGCAAUGUUGCCAUGGUUCUUUACAUGGCUUCCGGUGGGUCAAGCGACUACGCCAUGACCACUGGCGUUCCAUUCAGCUACACGUUUGAAUUGCCCUCAUACAGAGGAAUCACGAGUACAGUACAAGGAUUCCUGGUCGAGCCCGACUUCAUUCUCCAGGCUGGCUUCGAGACCUGGGAAGCCAUCAAAGUUGGAGCCAGAUUCGCUGCGAGAAACUUCAACAGACGCGCUGGACAAUAA